UAAAUAAGCGAAGAAGAAACUACUUCCUGGUAGCAUACAACGUAAUCUGCCACUCUAGCUAGCGUCGCCCACUCAAAUCGUUGUUUGUUUUUUAGUCAGUCUUUAAAAUGCUACGAGGUUUAGGGUCAUGGUUGGGUUUAGAAAACCCGACGCCCGCCGAGAAGCUGAGCUCGGAACAGCGGGAGGAAAAGGUAGUCGAAGCCCAAAAUGAGGUAAACAAACCGCAGUCAGCAGCUGUCCAAGAUGGUGAAGAAGAUCAUGAAAACAACCAAAAUGAGGAAAGCAACCAGGGACUUGGCGACUACAUUUUCAGUUUUGCGUCCAGCAUGACAAAGAAGAUCUCGGACUCGGUGGUGGAGACGUCUCAAACGAUCAAGAAAAGCGUGGAAGAAGGAAAAAUCGACGGGAUCAUCGACAAG